ACUGCUGCUUACUGCCACUACCAGCUGGAGCCAGGGCCUGGUCGAGACAACUAUUUCUUUGAGGUACUGAGGCUACCCCACAGCACUCUCUGGCAUUGGCAAGAUUCGUGACUGUGGCCCAUGGGCCUCUGAGGAGGCAUAAGUCCACCCAGCUCCCUACCUGCUGUGUUCCCACUCAAUGGGAAGAGAACCAAGGUACCAGGGCCAAGUGGGUCCAGAUACCCACACAGAUUUGAGGGGGCAGGUCACACAGAUAGGUGGGGACAUAGGUACCCUUUUAUCCUAGCUGGGGUGUGGGAAGCUGGGAAGGGAUGGGGGUUGCGGUAUCACAGGAUGUGCUUCCUUAAUGGCUUCUGUGUGUCACUGCCAGACCUUGUCCAGCCAUUAGUCACGGCUUCUCUACAGCACCAGGAUGGAAGUCAAAGCUUCCCUGUUCGGAGAGGCUGCCCCCCAGGUGAAGUCAGAACGUCUGCGGGGGCUGCUUGACCGCCAGCGGGCCCUGCAGGAGGCCCUAAGCCUGAAGCUUCAGGAGCUCCGCAGAGUGUGUCUCCAGGAAGCGGAGCUGACUGGCCAGCUGCCCCCUGAGUGCCCACUAGAGCCUGGGGAACGGCCCCAAUUGGUCCGCCGGCGGGCCCCUGCAGCCCGUGCCUACCCUCCACCACAUCCCAACCCAGCACACCACUCCUUGUGCCCUGCUGAGGAGCUGGCUCUUGAGGCCCUGGAGCGUGAGGUGUCAGUCCAGCAGCAGAUCACGGCAGCUGCCCGCCGCCUGGCCCUGGCCCCUGAGCUGAGUGCUGAGCAGCGCCGGCGCCGGCGCCAAGUACAGGCAGACGCUCUGCGGAGGCUACAAGAGCUGGAAGAGCAGCUUGGGGAUGCCCGGGCCCGCCUUGGCCUCCCAGUGCUCCCCCCAUCCCAGCCACUACCACUGUCCACGGGGGCAGUGAUCACUGCACAGGGAGUCUGCCUGGGCAUGCGCCUCACUCAGCUCAGCCAAGAGGACGUAGUUCUGCACUCGGAGAGCAGCUCCCUCUCAGAGUCUGGGGCCAGCCACGACAACGAGGAGUCCCGUGGGUGCUUCUCUCUGGCAGAGCGCCCCUCACCACCCAAGGCCUGGGACCAGCUUCGGGCAGUAUCUGGGGGAAGCCCUGAGCGGCGAAUUCCAUGGAAACCACCCCCAUCAGAUCUUUAUGGAGAUCUGAAGAGCCGACGGAACUCUGUGGCCAGCCCCACCAGCCCUACACGAUCGCUGCCCAGGAGUGUCUCCAGUUUUGAGGGGCGAAGUGUGCCUGCCACCCCUGUCCUCACCCGGGGUGCUGGCCCCCAGCUCUGCAAACCAGAAGGCCUCCAUUCUCGCCAGUGGUCCGGCAGCCAGGACUCCCAGAUGGGCUUCCCCCGAGCAGACCCUGCCUCAGAUCGCGCCUCCCUCUUCGCAGCUCGCACGCGGCGCAGCAACAGCUCGGAGGCCUUGCUGGUGGACAGGGGAGCUGGUGGGGGAGCCGGCUCCCCACCUGCCCCUCUGGCUCCCCCUGCCGCCGGGCCCCCAGUCUGCAAGAGCAGUGAGGUGCUAUAUGAGCGCCCCCAACCAACCCCUGCCUUCUCCUCUCGUACAGCUGGUCCCCCAGACCCUCCUCGGGCCGCCCGUCCUAGCUCAGCUGCCCCUGCCUCCCGAGGGCCCCCCCGGCUCCCACCUGUGUGUGGGGACUUUCUCUUGGACUAUUCACUGGACCGGGGUCUGCCCCGCAGUGGCGGAGCAGCAGGCUGGGGGGAGCUGAUGCCGGCAGCUGAAGUCCCAGGACCCCUCCCCCGCAGGGAUGGGCUCCUCGCCAUGCUCCCCGGCCCACCACCUGUGUAUGCAGCUGAUGGCAGCAGCCCCCUCCUCCGCAGCAAGGACUCCCACACCCGUACCACCCGCACCAAGCCCUGUGGCCUGCCCCCAGAGGCUGCCGAGGGUCCGGAGGUGCAUCCAAAUCCUCUGCUGUGGAUGCCCCCACCCACCCGUAUCCCCCCAGCUGGUGAGCGCAGCGGCCAUAAGAACCUGGCCCUGGAGGGGCUGCGGGACUGGUACAUCCGGAACUCGGGACUGGCCGCGGGGCCCCAGCGCCGGCCUAUGCUCCCCUCCAUGGGCCCACCGCACCCACCCUUCCUCCAUGCCCGCUGCUAUGAGGUGGGCCAGGCGCUGUAUGGGGCCCCCAGCCAGGCGCCGCUCCCACACUCGAGGAGUUUCACGGCACCCCCUGUCUCCAGCAGAUACUACGCGGACUUCCUGUACCCCCCAGAGUUGAGCGCUCGUUUAAGUGACCUGACGCUAGAGGGGGAGCAGUCCUCCAGUUCUGACCCCCAGACCCCAGGGACACUGGUCUGACCCCUUCUGUUGUGCCCCUUGUUGGCCUGGGCAUGACUCCAGUCUGGGGAGCACACAGCUGACCUCGCUGAGCCCUGGAGUGUGGUUGCUCUCAGUCCUGGGCAGUACCAACCUAAUCAUUCUAGGCCCCUGGCUCCCCAUGGGCCCAGGGAGGUAUCUGACACCCUGCUUCUCCUCUCAUGCUGUGCUGAGGACUUAAAAGAGGGGGAUGAUGUCUUGGGGACUCCAAGCCCCUUCCUCCAUUUCUGUUUACAGUUGUGAUUUAGGUAUUCACUGUCUUCCCCCAACACUAGGCAUUUUAUAAAAGGGAAACUGUGAUCUCAUCCUGGUUGGGUUCAUUCCUGUUCCCAUGCCCAGCCUGUUCCAUCCAGGAACCCCCCUUCCUCCCACAAAAUGGACCAUAUAGGGUCUCAGGGCCCUGUUGGGGGAGCCAGGAAAAUCCAAUAUGAACAGAACUCCCUGCCACCCCCUGCCAGGGCAGUUCUUGGGGUGGUGGGCUCUCUGCCCACAUUUGGAAGGAUUGCAGUCUGGGUGGGGUGCCUGAAGGAGCCUGUCCCUGUCUGUGCCCGCAGCCUCUGCCCUGACCAUCCCCAGUAAGGAGGCCCCACAGAAGGGGUAAAAGGCAGAGCCAUUGGGUGUGUUGUAUCCUGGGAUGCUGUGGAGGUUGAGCCUGGCAUCUGGUGGAUGCCAGUAAAAUCCUCAGGUGAGGUCUGGCCACGGGCCACAGGCCACGUCACAUCUUCCUUGGCUUUCCUUCCAUUCACCACUUUUUAAACAAAUCCAUACAAACUGUGUUUUCUAUGAUGCCUGUCUGUGACUUUCUGGAGUUGGGGGUUCCCCUGCCCCCUUUACCUGGUGUUAAACUUUUCUUUUUGUACCAAUGGAUCUGGGCCCAAGACACUACCCACACUGGAAGGGGAUUUCUAUAAUAAAUGUGUAAACUGAA